ACCCGAAUGCAUUGUUCUAGAGAAAACAACAUGGCGAAAAUUUUUUUGUAGGUGUGUUCCAUCUUUAUACGUCGUUGUACUCUUAUAAUAUUGGGAAAGGUUGUCAUAUAUGAAUCAAUAAUGUCAGAUAGGAAAGCAGAAUUAGAAAGGAAACGUAAAAAACUUGAGGAAAUCAGGCGAAAUAGAGAAAAUAGAAUUGAAGCUGGUAAAGCUGGUAAACAAACUAAGGAAAGUUCACAGGUUGGAUCUGAUCUUGAUAGCAAAAGAUAUGAGGUUGAUCAACUUUUAGACGGUAUUGAUUUCAGUGGCAUCAAAUCCACAAUAACAUCUAAGAGCUCACCACAGAAACCUGUUGAUGUAUCACAUUCCCCUCAAUCUGUGCCAUCAGAAUCUCCUAACAGAUCUUUCUUGCGACCAGUGAAACUUUCAGUUUCAACAUUGAAUCAAACAAACAUCCCUCCUAAAGAAAUUGUGUCAUAUAACAAAGAAACCCAGACUCCUGUAGCACAGAAAACAACAGAUUCAGAUGAGGAACGAACACCUUCUGAAGUUAAUAAAAUCGAAAACACUGAAGAAAAAACUCAAGAGCCUUCUAAGGAAGAAGUUGAAGAAGUUGUCAAGGAUAAAGCUCCUGCUGUUGUAGAGUUGUCCGAUGAGCAAAAAGAGAAAAUUCUGUCUUCGGCAGAUUUUCAAAGUUUUCUUGAUCGAGCGAGUCGCAUUAUUGAGCGUGCAAUAUUUGAAAAAGAUGUGACAUUUGAUUAUGGUCAAACUGAAGAUGUUGAAGGGGACAAUCAAAUGUUUGAUAACAUUGCCGUAAAUCGCGAGUUUUACGAUGAGAAAUGGUCGAGAAACCGCGUUGUUACCAGUUUGGACUGGUCGACACAGUAUCCUGAACUACUUGUCUCGUCCUAUUAUAAAAAUGAAGAUGCACCACGUGAGCCUGAUGGUGUAGCUUUGAUUUGGAAUAUCAACUAUAAGAAGACGACACCUGAAUACAUUUUCCAUUGUCAGUCUGGUGUCAUGACUACAAUGUUUGCACGAUUUCAUCCAAACUUAAUUGUUGGUGGAACAUAUUCUGGUCAGAUCGUGUUAUGGGACAAUCGCAGCAACAAACAAACUCCUGUUCAACGGACACCACUCUCAGCUAAAGCUCACACGCAUCCUGUUUACUGCGUGAAUGUUGUUGGUACGCAAAAUGCCCAUAAUCUUAUUAGUGUCUCAACCAAUGGUAAAAUGUGCUCUUGGAGCUUAGAAAUGCUUUCACAGCCACAGGAAUCUAUUGAACUUCACGAUAAGACUUCAAAAUCAAUAGCAGUGACGAGUAUGUCGUUUCUCGCCGGUGAUGUUAAUAAUUUUGUCGUUGGCAGUGAAGAUGGUAUGGUUUACACAGCAUGUCGUCAUGGAAGUAAAACUGGAAUUAUCGACAGUUUUGAAGGAAACCAAACGGGACAUGGAAGUCAAGGUCAUCAAGGACCUAUUACUGGAGUGGACACACAUUCAGCUUUUGGACAGAUUGACUUCUCUCAGCUUUUUGUGACGUCAUCCUUUGACUGGACUGUAAAACUAUGGAGUCAUCGGAGCAAACAGCCUCUGUAUUCAUUUGAGAACAGCGGGGAUUAUGUAUACGAUGUUCAAUGGUCUCCUAUACAUCCAGCUGUGUUUGCGACUGUCAAUGGUGUUGGUAGAUUGGAUCUUUGGAAUUUAAAUAACGAUACUGAGAUACCAACGGCGAGUACAACUACAGAAGGUUCGGGCUCAUUUAGUCGUUGUCGUUGGACUCAAAAUGGAAAUCAUAUUGUGACUGGAAAUGAUGAUGGACGCGUCUUUUUCUUUGACGUUGGAGAGCAACUUGCAACUCCACGUAAUGACGAAUGGAACCGUUUAAAACGUACUUUAUACGACCUGGAAAGUAGUCAAGUUAGCAAGCAACCUACUGAUGUCACAACGCCUUUUUCUAGACUUAUGUCAUCUUAAAAGAUUCUGUAACAGUAUAGUUCAGGCAGGCAGACAGUCAAUGCACUAAACACUGGCUGAACAAUUAAAUGUUUGAGUGCUAUUACAUGCUUAUGAAAAUAAUAUGUUAAUUAAGCGUGUUCAUUUGAUUGUGCAUUUAUUUGCCUUUAUGGUAUAGAAAUCUGUAUAGAUAGAAUGUAAUCUUAAGAGCAAACGUCUUCCAUGACAACAAAAUGCAGAUAUGUUUGUAUUUGCUGUAUUUGGUAUCAGUGACAAAUGAAUAGAUAAUUUUAACAAUGGUGUA